AUGGUUCGUCGUCGUAUGGCUUCACCGAAACCGUCUCCACCAGUACACCGUCGUACGUCAUCGCCGAUGACUGCACGUUCUACACCAGUACCGAUGCAAACAAGCCCGCCAUCACCAAAUGCAACAUCACCUACACAUUUCGGUAUGGCACCUCCAUCACGUGGACCUGGAUUGAUGGGACAGAUGGCUGCAACGGCUGGUGGUGUUGCUAUCGGCUCUGCAGUUGGCCAUGCAGUCGGUGGCAUGUUAACUGGGGGUAGUGGCCAUGGAAACAACGGUGAAAUUACUCCAUCUGGGAAGCAACAGAUGGAACAACAUCAGCAGUACAGUAAUCCGUGUGAAUUUGAAUGGAAACAAUUUAUAGAAUGUGCCGAUACACAGAAUGACCUCAGCUUGUGCCAAGGCUUUAAAGAAAUUUUCAAACAAUGCCGUGCAAAUAAUCCAUGA